AUGGACGUCCCUUCGCCCGUUGGCUCGCUUCUUCCCGAGGGUUCUCCCUGGUCCUCGCUUAUGGGGGGUGGUAGUCAACACCAAGAUCUACCAGUGGAGACUAUCGAAGCGGACAAUGAAGCGUCGCGCAAUCCCUCCCCUAUGAGCGAGGAUAAACCACCCCAGGAUCCACCGUCAGAUACAUUGGAAGCGGACAACGAAGCGUCGCGCAGCGCCUCGCAUAUGAGCGAGGAUGAACCACCCCGGGAAUAUCGGUCGCCAUCCCCAUGCCUGAUAAGGGUGUAUGAGUAUCUAGGGGAAAAGUAUUGUGGGCAGACCGAUGCAUUUAUCAUCGCAUCAGAUGCAAGUAAUAUUCUCAAGGAAGCAGACCCUCCAAUUCCCUGUGUACUGUGGGGUUUCAUGCUAGAAAAUAUCUUCGAACAUAUACAUGAUGCUUUCAAACCAUUAUCGAUAGACCUUGUAAUUGAGGACGAGCAGAUGACAGACGCCAUUGAAACCUUGCGCAAGGCUGGGUUCAGAGACCAUGACAACUAUCCGGGGUGCCCCUACAAUGAAGGAGCCUGUCCUGGUAACGAACUCAAACCUGUUCACAUUUUUCAUUUAUUCGAUCUAUUCUCUCAUCGCAGAUUGGAAGAGACCCAUGGCGUGACAAAAGGUUCUCAAGAGCACCACGAUUUGAGACUCCACCGCAAGUCGGAUGUACUGUGGAGACUUCCAAAGUUUACUGUGCAGACGGAGGCCAACGAGGCGGACGAGAAUUUCAUGCUAACAUUAGACCGCAGACUCCGCUGGAAGGGAGUUCACCGACCCAAGAAUAAAGAUCAUCCGCCCACUAAAAAUCCCCUAGUCAUACCUACGCCUGCUCGUUAUGCCGAGGCCCUGAUUUACCUGAAGGCGCGGGACGAGCACUUCAAUAAAUGCGAAAUAGACUGGGAUGAAAUUCUAACUGAACACUUCAGGACAUACCUCUACGUAGCUGAAUAUGGCGAUCUAUUCGAUUUGGAUGCAAACCAAAAAACGCUCAGCGAAACAUGUCGAGAAUGGUGGGAAGCUUGCAGGACUGCGUCCUAUACCGGCGAAUCUUCCAUAAAAGCGCAGAAAAGAUUAGAGAAAGAGUUAAGCCGUGAGUUUGCCGCAUUGUAUCCAGGGAGGUCUGAUGAACCAAAACCAAUUCCUUUCGAAGGCCAUGGGGAGCAAUCUUCGCGGCAGCAAAUGUCACCUUCGCCACUUUCUCAUAAGGCUUUGGAUACAGAGGCAUCGGUUUAG